GUUAGAUAACUGCGUUCAUCAACAUGGACUAAUAUUUUGUAUCAAAUAAUUUUAAUAUACUAACGUUGUUAAUUGACUUGGCCGAAUGAAUAUGUUUAUUACAAAAGUUAUUUUGUUGGCUAUUGUUACUUGUGCUAGUGGGGCGUCUGUGAAUUUAGACAGCAGCAACCUUCAAGCAAUUGUGACAGAAGUGGUUCGAAAUAUUCUCAGUGACGGACAUUCCGGAGAGAAUAUCAAAACUGUGGCGCUAUUGAAAGAAAUAAACGAACUUAAGAAUCAACAUAUUCGUCUUGAACAAAGGAUAGACAUGCUGGAGCAAGAACAAAGGGACAAAGACACGAAUAUAUGCUCCCUGCAGAACAACAUGAAUACACUUGUGGAAAUGAUAGCAAGAAAUGACAGUAUACGCGCUCAAAAUUUAACUAUACAUACGUCACAUGAAUUGCUAAAUAAAUGUCGUGCUUGGAAGAGUAAUGUUUUCCCGACAGAAAAUUCCAGAAUAGAGACUUUACAGAGGAAAAAGCGGGAGGUGAUACCAACACAAGCCCCAGCACGAAGAAUUGCGUUUUCUGCUUACCUUACACACACACAUUCCGGUUUGUCUCCAGGACAGGCGAUCAAAUUUGACCACGUCUUACUGAAUGAAGGACAUGGCUAUAAUCCAUAUUUGGGUGAUUUCGUUGCACCUAUAUCUGGAACAUACCUGUUUACAUUUCAUUUCCACUCACGUGUGCACACGUUCGUCCGUCUUACCGUAGAUGGUGUCAACAUCGUGGAUGCCGUGGCUAAUCCACACACCGGCACACACGAUAAGGAAAGUAUGAGUGGCAAUACGGUUAUCAUACAUGUUGGAAUUGGCCAGGCAGUUCUUGUUGAAGUGUAUGAUGUUAGCGGUGAAGCAGCUUCCAGCGACAAAUAUCGUCUUUGCUCGUUUUCUGGGUUUCUGUUGUACCCAGAAAAUCCUUCAUGAGUGCAUGAACAGGCCAAAGUAUGCCCUAUUAAUUUUAAAAAUGACAGUAGAUACAUUUUUAUGUUACAGAAAUAAGUGUUUUUAAUACAGUUUGUAACUUUAACGUUAGCUGAAUAUUUUGAUUAAAAUAAUUCUUAAUGUUCCUUCUCUGUCGCCUUGUCAAUUAUGUAAAGCCUUACUGGACUAUAAUGAUGCCAGUCCAAUAGCUUUCGUUCCUGCCCAAGCAUUUUCAUACAUGCUUUUACAUUAUUUGACGGGACCGGGUUGCCCUUUUCUGCAUAUUGCUCUCUGAUAAUACAGCAUUUUGAUUCUCAUGACAUGUACAUUUUACGACACAAUAAAUAAAUUAUCUAAUCGGCUUUAAAGGAGCUUGCUUGCGAAUUAUGGAAGAAUUCGUGACCCGUAAAAGUAGUAAUAUUUUAAAGCGAUAGUGUAAAUAAAAUUGUCAAAAUAAAACAUGUAUAUUCUAGAUGGUCCGGUUAUAGAUCUUCAAUCGGUCGGUCGUAUU